AUGGCACUUUCACUUUUAAGGAAGGUGAAUGAAAAAGUUUUGAACUCUGUAUCAUUAUUGGAUGCAUCAUUGGACGUGGAUUAUAUAGUGAGUGGCCUAAGGAGUAGUUUGAAUAAUGGUGAACAUAAGCGUAUUGAAGAAGGUAUAAUAUCUCUAAUGGAAUUUAGUAAGAGGAAUCUGAAUGCACUAUUAAUGCAAAGAGAAUGGAUUGAAUGUGCCUGCAAUAUAGUAAUAUGGAGCAGUAAGAACCAAAAUGAAUAUUUAUUUAGCCUAUGUUUGGAACUACUUAGAAUAGUAACAAGCAUGGUUGAAGAUAGGCUGAUUAGUAAGGCUGGGUAUUAUUAUUGCUGCAAUAUUGUAGAAUGUAGACAAGUUGACUAUAAAAGAGCUCAGAAGGAAGAUAAUACGAUGAUGUUGAUAAAUGAUAUUUUGAAAUAUAGUAAUGGGGGCGUAAUUUUCGUUGACUCACUAAGAAUUUUAAGUAUGAAUGAGAAACAUAAUUUGAAUAAUGAUGAUUGUAAUAUGUACAGCCACUACGAUGUGUUAAAAAUACUGUAUAUACUACAGAUAAGUAGAAAUGCUGAUAAUUUACUUGAAUUAAACUUAUUGAGUAAUAGUGAAAUACUUGGUACUACUUUAGAACUGUUAAAUAAAGGGUUGAAUUCUCAUGGAUACUUUUUAUCAAGUGCAUUAGAAUUAACUGUAGCUUUGACGUUGAAUAACCAUUCUGAAAUACAAAAGAUAAUUACGUUUCAAGGAUUAGUAGAUUUGAUUUACAAUAUAUUAGCAGAAGAAAUGGGAAGUUUAAUUAGGGACAAAAAUCUCGAGAUAAAUAGUAAUGGUAAAAUUCACAAGUUCGGUAGUGUGAAGGACUUCUGCAAUUAUAGAACUUUAAAAGAGGAAGAACUUGAUUAUGAAUCUCCAGAGGUUUUGUCUCAGUGUAUAGAAUGCCUUUAUCACAUUUUUCAAAACUCAAGUUGUAUCAAAUACAUGAUUGAAACUGAAGGUUAUAAAGUUAUGCUGAAUAUAUUGAUAGAUUUACUUGGAUUAUGUCUAUAUUUAUGUGAACAAUGGACAUUUUAUAAUGAACAAACCAAAAGUAGACCUAUAAAAGAUGAGCUUACUUCCGAAAAUAGCUAUAAUAAAAAGGCUUGUAUGUUUCAAUGUUUUAAAAUAAAUGAAUUGGAACAUAAUAUAAAGCAUGUGUCUUGGAUUUGUACUACAUUAAAGAUCUUGAAAAUAAACAGGGAGUUUUUGUCACAUGAUCAUUCUAAAAAGAUAUCUAGUUUUCUAUUUGAAACAUAUUUAACUGAAAUUCUUUUUACAGUACUCGGAAAUCCAGAUAAUCUACACUUCAAUAUCUCUUAUGAGGCUAUAGAAAUCUUGGAAACACUUGGAUUUAGUAAUGAAGAGAGUAAAAACAGCAAAAAAGAUCAAAUUUAUUUUGUAGAUAAAAAUAUAUACUAUAGUAUUGACAAAUUUAGUCACUGCCUAGAGUGGUGUACCCUUCAGAGUUUCACAGGUGUAUCUCCGUAUGUGUGGUAUGGAUACAGAGAUAUAUUUGAGAAAUUUCUUCCAUCCAUUAAUUAUAUUUUUGGAAAUGAAGCACAAAAGGUGCAAACAGAAGAGAAAAAUAAAUUGAAGGAUUUAAUAAGCAGAUAUUCACAUCAAAUGGAAAGUAGUCUUUUGGAUUGGCUUGGAACAAGUAUAAUGAGCCCUUACAACAUAAUACCAAACUUAAAAUCUGCUCAAACAGAUUGGGGUUCGAGUAAUCGGGAUGAUUGGUUUAUCAUGAACCUUCUUCCACUUUUAUUUAAUAGGUCAGAGAGCUUCAACUUAAACUACCUAGCUAAUCAAUCAAAUGAAAUGUUCUUUGACUUCGUUCACUGCGUGUUUUGGUUUCCAAUGGUGGAGUUUUGUCGUUUACAUUCAACACUAAAUUUGAAUUUUUUAAAUACUGAGUUAGAUUAUCAAGAUUCUCCAAAUCACCAAAUAUUAAGCACAAUUACUUUAUCUCUAAGUGAACCUUUAGAUCAGAGGCUUUUAGCUUGCAUACUUCAUUAUAGGAUUUGGAGAACCUUCCAAAUUUUACAAUUGAUAGUAUUAUAUUCUCCAAAUUCACUCAACAGUUUAUCUGUAGUAACUAUUGAAGAUAUUGUAAAUAAAGCUUGGAGCCUUGGAAAAGGUGAAGAUGUUCAAACUCGUAUAUUGGACUCUAAGAUGGAUCAUAAGGCUUUUAAUUUUAAUAAUGAAGAUGCAGACGUACAAUUUGAGCAUCCUCUAAAAUAUUAUCUCUUUUACAUACUGAAAACUUCCACUGAAGAAGUUGCAACUCUUCUUAACAAAGAAAACAGCUAUUUAGACUAUUCACUAUCCAUGGAAACUAUGUUUAAAUUUAGCAGUAUAUCUUCUUGUAUUGCUGCAUUGCAGGUAAUAUUUGUGCUUUUAUAUCAAGAAAGUAAAGGGAGAUUAGUAGAUUUUAGAUGCAAAGAUAACAUUUAUAUUAUUUCGAAUUCAAUAUCUAAGCUUCUGAAGUUUACUUCUCUAGAUAACUUUAAAAGAAGAAAUCGAGUUGAUCUUAUUAUUUUGUUUGAUUUAGCUAAUGUGUUGGUUGUUUUAAUAAAUGUUUGUAAUGGCUAUCCUAUUCAUGAAGAUACAAGGGUUAAACUUUCAGAUAUAUCAAAGCGUUUGCAAAGUAUAGAGUAUAAAUCUUCUUUAGAAACAUUUAAUUCAAUUAUAAUACCAGAAUAUACACAGAUUCUUAUAACUAAGUUUAUUGAUGAGGUUUUAAUUCGAGACUUAAGUGUGAGUUAUUUCUCUACAAGCUCUACAAGUGACAACUAUCGCAAGUGCCUGAAACAUGUUGGCACAAACAAUAAUACAAAUGUCGAGAAUUUUCUUAUAAAUGACAAUAGUUCAAAGAAUUCAAUUGACAUUUCUCAUCCUAAAUCUGGUUUUGCAAAUUUUGAUUCAAAUAUUGAAAACCAAUAUGAUUGUAUAGAGUGCACAAAGCUGAAGGAGCAAAUAUUUGCAGAGCGGAGAUACUUCAGAAAUUUGCUGAAGAAUAAGCAAGAUGAAGUUGAAGCAUUAAUAGUUGCUUAUAAAAUCGCUGAGAAAGAAGCUAAGGAACGUGGGAAAUUAAUAAGAGAAAUAGGUAUAUCAUAUUGUGAAGUCAGUCCAUUCCCUAUUGAGAACUUGGAUGACCCUACUACGAAGAAUAUCAACGAAGAACUAUUUAGAGAAAAUCAGAACUUGAUGGAAAUCAUUGGAAUUCUACAAAGAGAGAUCCCACAAGUUAGACAAUAUAUAGAAGACAAUAUACUUAUUUCAAGAAAUAAAGAUUUAAAUAAAGUCUUAAACUCCAUCGAUAGUCCUAAUUUUGCAGAGGUAAUUGGUCAAGUAAUUAUAGAUUAA